AUGUGGAUCGCCUGGGAUGACCUUUCGUGGGAUGUCAGUGAAGAGGUGGACUUCAAGUAUUCCAUGAAACCUGGCCUUUACCAAGGGCGCAUUUCCAGCGGAAGAUAUUCAUCAAAUUGUUUACUAACCUUUAAUGUGUACAAGGAACUACUGGACAAUAGCAGUAUUACUGAGUGUUUGACAGAUGAAUCAAUCCUGAGACAGCUUCAGCAUCCUCAUAUUGUUGCAUUUUACGGCGCAGUAUUCAGGAAAGUCCCAAGAGGUCAUGAGGCUGCAUUUGUGAUGGAGUGUCCGGGACCGGAUUUAAAGAGCUAUCUGAUCACCCAGCCUGAAAAACCUAUGGCCAUGAUGAGUGUGAAUCAAUGGGCAGAGCAAAUCAUUGACGCACUGAUGUUGAUCCACAGUAUGUUUGAUGGAUGUGUUCACGGUGACCUUCGCCUAGAAAAUGUUUUGCUUGACAGUUCCAAUCUCCACAAUAUUAAGCUGAGCAACAUCUCCCUCAGGAGGCAGCUGACCAUCGAGCUUGGAUCAAACUGUGAUACAUCUCUCCAUCUUCCGCCAGAAGCUAUCCGAAAUAGAAUCUACAAUGUCUCAUCAGAGAUCUAUUGCCUCGGGAUCAUGUUAUGGGAAAUGUGGCACGGAAAAGAAGCCUUUGAAGAACAAAAGGGUCAGGAGCUGAGUGUUUUCCUCUCGCGCGUAGAAGAAGGUCACCGCCCACCUCUCACAGAUCUCAAAACGCAGACAUCAGUAGGCUGGACUGAGCUUGUUUCUAGAUGUUGGGCAAACACUAUUGAAAGGAGUAGCCUUGCGGAUUGCGAGACAAGCGCCGGGAAAAUCAGCCUAAUAAAUCUUAUUCUGGGAGAGAGGCUUCUACCAUCUUCCUCGCUGAGCACAACUUCGACGUUAUGCGAGUUGAAGUACGGAGAGGAAAGAAAAAUUGUGGCGUACUUCAAAAGCUCAGACUCGGAGACAGGAUUAACAUCAACCAUAUUUCUCGAGAAUCCAAAAGAGUCUUCAGGGAAGAGCUACCUCCAGCAGAUCUCACCUUUUGUUCAGGUGAAAGCCUUUGGAUUUAUUUAUGUCAUUAACAGCACAAAUGCCGGAGGGGUUCAGAAAGACAGGCUUGUAUAUUUACUGAGCGAGCUUGGUAAAAUAGCGCGUGAGAGACAAGAAGAGUUUCCCUCUAGAUGUGCUUUGUUCGUAUGUAACAAAUGGGACCAAGUUCCAGAGGAGGAAGCUGUCGAAGUGAAGGAACACAUAGUGGGCAAAUUAACAGAGUGGUGGCCCGGUCUUCUUCCUGAAUCUCAGAUCAUCUACAUGUCAGCAAAAAACGCUCUUGAUGCACAGAGCCGUGGGGAAAUCAAAGCCGACUUUAUUACCCUGAUGAAUGGUAUACGCUCUUUUGUCGUGAAAUGGAUAGAACAGAGGUUGGAAAUUCACUGGAGAUGGCUUGAUUUUGUAAUGUACCAACUUAUUUGCCAAACAAAGAUGGUUACGAUGAACGCCACUAGAGAUCGUAAAAAGGUCAAGAAAAACAUGAACACUAUACUUUAUCGUCUAGAAGUGCUUCAGAGACAACAAACCCAACUUAUUGGUAGGAUUCGCAUAGAUAUGACAGCCCGCGCCAACGAGGUCGAAAGAAAGCUUUGCGAAUUUCUCAAAUCAGAGGAUUUGCGAGCAAAGAUCGCCUGCCAACUAUCCGGAUCUCUUCCAUCCAUAAGCGAGUUAGACGAAGAACUGCAAGUAAUUUUGCAACAGUGGGAAGAUAAAAAUCAUGUAUUUGCGAAUGCUUUCACCUUGCCUCUUCAACAAUUUUUGGAGCAACACAAUUUAGCAAAAAUGCAAAUUCUGAAUCUUCAACAUGAUAUCUCCGAGGGCGUAGUCUCAAUGGCCACUCCAAUUUACACACACUGCAACUUUAGCGCCUCCUUGAUAUUCAUUCUUGACCUUCUUGCUGAGAGGCUAGGAAUAUUCAAGGGUAUCUCCAGAUCUUUGGGAGAACGUGAUACCAUUAUCCAUAUGAUGAACGCAUGGCUUGAUUUUGUAAUGUACCAACUCAUUUGCCAAACAAAGAUGGUUACGAUGAACGUCACUAGAGAUCGUAAAAAGGUCAAGAAAAACAUGGACACUAUACUUUAUCGUCUAGAAGUGCUUCAGAGACAACAAACCCAACUUAUUGGUAGGAUUCGCAUAGAUAUGACAGCCCGCGCCAACGAGGUCGAAAGAAAGCUUUGCGAAUUUCUCAAAUCAGAGGAUUUGCGAGCAAAGAUCGCCUUCCAACUAUCCGGAUCUCUUCCAUCCAUAAGCGAGUUAGACGAAGAACUGCAAGUAAUUUUGCAACAGUGGGAAGAUAAAAAUCAUGUAUUUGCGAAUGCUUUCACCUUGCCUCUUCAACAAUUUUUGGAGCAACACAAUUUAGCAAAAAUGCAAAUUCUGAAUCUUCAACAUGAUAUCUCCGAGGGCGUAGUCUCAAUGGCCACUCCAAUUUACACACACUGCAACUUUAGCGCCUCCUUGAUAUUCAUUCUUGACCUUGUUGCUGAGAGGCUAGGAAUAUUCAAGGGUAUCUCCAGAUCUUUGGGAGAACGUGAUACCAUUAUCCAUAUGAUGAACGCGUUUGCUUCUUCUGUCAGGAUUAGAGAGAGGUUUCUAAAGUGUGUUAUAAAUGGAGAGGCUGCUAAGUCUAUCGUAAACGAAAUGCUUAAAACGCAUCUGAAACAUUUGGAACAAAUUGGAAAUCAAGUUCCGCAGAUGAUUGAGGCCAAUAAAAAGUUAUGUGAAGAACUCCGUGACAACAAGGAAUCACACCAAAAGAUUAUAGAAGUGUACGAGCCAAUUAUGAACGGUGCUUUUCCUAUCAGAGGACAUCUUGCAGCAUUUGGGCUGAGGGAGGCCUGUGUCCACUGCAACGAUGAGCUGGAGUGGAAAGAAGAGGCAUCUUCCUUUCUUGGGUCUGGUACGUUUGCCUCUGUGUACGAAGGAAAGAUGAGAAGACACGGACGCGAACAAACAGUGGCUGUGAAGGUAUACCGCAAACCUCUGCAAGUCGAAAAUGCUAGUCUCAUCGUUGAAGAAAUGACACUUUUAAAAAAAUUGGAUCACCCUCAUAUCAUAAAGUUUCUUGGAACUGCACUUGUAAACAAAGAAGACAAUGUAAGAAUGAUCUUGGUGAUGGAAAGGUGCACAGGAAACCUCAAAAAUCACAUCUUCGCGUGCCGAGAAUCCGUUCCUGGUAUAUCUGGACAAACAGCUGGUCUCAGAGCAUGUCGUUGGGCGAAAGAAAUCACUGCUGGUCUUGACUUUAUGCACAAAGAAGGCGUUAUCCACAGAGACCUCAAGCUCGAAAAUAUUUUGUUGACCGAGAAGCAUUCCGUGAGGAUAGGUGAUGUCGGCGUUUCUAAAGAAGCAUGUAAAAUCACCGGCACUGUAAAGGGAUCUCCCGUGUACAUGGCACCUGAAGUGUUCCAUUCCAAACUUUAUGACUUUAAAGCAGACAUAUACAGCUUUGGAAUAAUAUUGUGGGAAAUGUGGUUUGGACGACAGGCAUUUUCCAACGUUGAUUUGUUAAACAAACAGCAUUUCUUUCGAUUGGUUGAUUACGGGUGUCGUCCAAAAGAUGUCGAGGAACUGAAGAGUCCUCCACGUCGCUGGAAAGAACUUGCGGAAAGAUGCUGGAAUGAGGACCCAGAAAAACGCCGGUGUCGCUAA